AUGGUCUCUAUAUCUAAACUGCGCAGGGAAGAAUUGACAGCAAUCAUUGCUCAAGAAUUACAUAUAGAUGUUGCUUUUCCUUGUUUUUCUGUUAAAGAACAGUAUGGCUCUACUGCUUGCUGUGUGGUGGGUAUUAAGCAGCAAAAAUUUAAAAUCUUAAAUUCGUUACCUCUUUUAAAAAAGAUCGGUGAAAUCACAAAAAUCAACAAACAUGCCGCUACUCGCUCUCCCUUAAAUAACAUUUCGGAUCAAACUAACGAUCAUCAAUCUUCGACGACCAAUGUACUAGUCACUGUGUAUUUGAAGCAAGGGUUAUCAGACCCCAAACUUAGUAAGCCGCAAUUAUAUGCUCGAAAUCCUUCUGACAACGGUUUCAACUACUCUUCCACUAAUUUCCAUGAACGGGAUGACUUACCUUUAAGAUAUUUCCUUAAAGAACAACGUGAAGGAAAGCCGUUACUAAGUUUGGCUGAUAUUGAGGCACAAUACAAUAAUUACACACCUAUAUUUUCUGAUAAGGAUCUCCAAAAUCCUGAAAAUUUGUCUGAAUUGGAUGUUGAACUGGCUAGGCAAAAACCUGAAAAUGCUGAUGAUAUUUUAUUUGUAGAAGCUGUUUCUCAACCUGACUGGUCUUCAGAUAUGCCUAUAACAACAAGUCCAAAUAUUAUCGAUGUCUUUGCAGUUUUGGAAUCUGAUCGUGCAUAUUACUUCAUGGCUCCAUAUAGUGGCACUACUUUAGAAGAUUUGCUAAAAUAUAGUUCUGGUGUAUUGAAUUCUAAUCAACUGGAUUUUACAUAUGAUGGUCCAGUACCUCAUCACAUCACCGAUAUUUUAUCUGAUAUCACUUAUUAUGUGUAUCUUGCUCGAAAAACUCCUAUUCCGGUGUUAUGUCAGUAUGUAAGAACUAAGUAUGAGCCGAAUGAGUAUCCAUCUUCAUUACAAAGAUUGUUCGAAUGGACUCCUGAUGAAUGUAUCCCAGAGUUUUAUACAGGUGCUGAUGCGGUUGAAGCAAAAAAUGUUGCAUUACCGCUUUUGGACGGUCAAAAUUCUUUUAUGAAGCACGGGAUCACUCAACUUUUUUCGGAUCCACACCCACAGAAAAUUGUGAGAUCUGAUAGCAAUAAAAGAUCUCCUGUAAAUAUUAAUGGCAAUAUGUCAUUGUUAGAAAAGUAUGAAAAUAUCUCGAGUAAAAAACGAAUACAACUCAAGCCUACGGAUUCGAAUAAACAAUUGAUCGAAGUCGUUGGAGAUUUGUUAGGAUCUGAAAAGACCAUGGGAAAAUAUCAAACUAUAUCUUCGCGAUUAAAAUCACCAAAAUUGGCCCCUACUUCAAAACAAUUAUCACUAUACGAUGCUGUUUCACUUGAUGAAAAGGAUCCGAAAGAUCCUAUUUCUCGUUUUGAAGCUUUAUCCGCAUAUAUUAAUUCUUUUCCAAUACAUUUACCGAAUGAUAUUGGUGACGAGUACUUUAUUGAAAGCCUGAACAAUUUUGAACAAGCACAUUCUUUUUCUGCAAAAUACCUCCCCCACAAGUAUAUAAAACAUGAAUAUUCACAGCAUUUCGGUAAUAUUCAGAGUAGUCAUAAACAAGGCACGGCAAAUGAAACAGUUGAUUCAUAUUUUGCAUAUGGAAGGGCAUGGGAUGCUUAUUUCCUUGGAGAAAUCAUUCAAAGCAUAUAUUCCGCUGUAAAAAAUGAUACCGGAAUAUCAAUCCUUUCAGUACAUCAGCAUCAAAAUGGUGCAAAUCCAAAAGACUUUUAUAAGUUACCACUUUCUAUGCAAAAAGUUGUGUCAUCAUUAAUGUCUCCAAAUUGGAAACAACGUCCUUCGAUUGAUGCUUUACUUUAUUCAUCCGUUCCUGUGAUGGGUUUAUAUGAUGAAGGUUUAACUUUACCGUUGCCAGAAUGUAUUACUGAAGCUUAUGAAUUCUUGACCGAUUUUCAUCGGCAACUUUUCCCUCUUUAUUUAGAAGCGCUGACUAUUGAAGAUAACAUCGCACCCUAUGAUUUCAAUGAUGCAAAACUUUCAUAUGCACAAAAAUCAAAUGUUUUAAAUGAUAUGAUUUCAAGUCCAGCUUCCGCACCUGAAGAUCCGUCAA